UUAAGUGACUGAAAUUAAGAACUCAAGAGUAAAGAGGCUAAACAUAAAAUAAAAAGCGAAGGACUAACUUUAAAUCUCAAAGUCACAGGACAAAAAUUUAAAAACGCAAAGUUCAGGAACUAAAGCUAAAAUUGCAAAAUUUAGGGACUAAAACUAAAGUUAUAAGUGUAUCUUUUGAUGUUAUUUAACUGACUACUUUAACAUGUAACUUGUAAUUGUGAAUUCUUGUAUAAAUUUUUCUGUUGAUUGUAUCUUAAUUUGAUAGAUAUGUCAUGUACCAUGGUUGUGUAAUUUAAUCAACUUUGAAAUGGUGAUCUCAGUGAUAAUGUCUUUGCUUGAAUAAUUUAUAUGUAUUAGAGUGUAAAUAAUUGAAACUAUCAUUUUCACAUGAAACUAAAAUAACAAUUUAUGUCGAUUAACUAAACUUGUGGACGUUGGCUUUGUUUGCUCAAUGAACAUGAAUUAAACUCUUCAAGCUUAAAACUAAAUUAUCACGCGGGAAAGGAGACGAGGUCGUUAGAAAAAACGGUUGACUGUUAGGGACAUAACCGGGAAACCACUCUAAAAUUCGAGUAUUUGACGACAUCAAACCUGAAGAAUGUCUGAAAUUUAUCUUUAAUUACAUCUGAGAUUUCGAUCUCAAUUUCGAAAUGUUGACAUUUCUCUUGACAAUGACAGAGACCAUCACUAUGAGAUUCUUUGAACGGCUCUCAAUAUUGAAAGUCAGAGGCUUAUCCAUUAUUCUUAAUUUCUACAUUAUCUGAUUAUGCUUCUGCGGUAAGGCUUAUAAGGAACACGGUUUCUUGAUUGGAUACGUGUUUGUCUUAUAAUUGAAACCUUUUCCUCUUUUCCCCUAUAUAUACCUAUAGCUUGGCUCAUCAAAUACUCUGUUAGAUCAAAUCGUUAUCGCUCGUUUCUGCAAAAGUUCUCUGUUCUUUAUUAUAUGGACCGGAGUCACGAUGACAUUAAAGAUUCCGAUCCAAGAAGUGGUGAAAAUGGUUGGCUCUUUAAGAUAUCGCGAAUCAAUGGAAACUAGCAAAAUAAAGACGCUGAUGGAUGAGAAGAUCUAUGUAGCAGUGACAGGGAAAGAUCUAGAGAGCAAGUCUAGUCUUGUUUGGGCGAUACAUAACAGUGGAGGCAAAGAGUUUUGCAUCGUCCAUGUUCAUCAACCUAUCCAGAUCUCAGUCCAGGGGACGACGUUUCACGAGCAGAAAUUGCGGCUUUAUAGAAAAGAGAAGGAGAAAGCACAUAAGAAUUUGGAUAAGUACCUUCAUAUAUGCAGGCAAAUGCAGGUCAAUGCAGAGAUCAUUUCUAUCGAAAUGGAUUCGGUAGAGGAAGGUAUCCUCCAAUUGAUAUCUCAGCGCGGAGUCACUAAACUCGUCAUGGGAGCAGCAGCUGAUAGACACUAUUCAAUGAGAAUGAAAGACUUACAGUCCAAGAAAGCUAUUUACAUUCACAGAGAAGCGCCUGCUAUUUGUCAUAUAUGGUUUACGUGCAAAGGAUACCUAAUUUGUUCAAGGGAAGCUAGAAGCACAGAUAACUCUUAUCUAGAAUAUUCAUCGUCAAAUACUUUGAGUCAAUCCAAAAUAACUAGAGAAACUGAAAGUGUUCCAAGCUCGAGUAUAGUUAAAGAUGAUGCUGAGACUUCGAAAAGGAAAGCACGCUUUGAGGCAUCUAAGCGUGAAGAAGCUGAAAAAUCUGCAGUUGAUGCACUCAAAAAGGCUAAACAAUGGGAAGCUGUGUAUUUCGAGGAGUUGAAGCGUAAAGAGACAGAGAAGGCACUGAGGAAAACGAAUGAAGAACUUGAAAAGAUGAGAUCAGAAGCCGAGUCCCAAAUAACAGAAUCUUAUACGGUGAUAAGAAAGCUUCAAGAAAAGAACAACUUAUCAAUGGAAACGUUGAGAAGACUCAGAGAAGAACAAGAAGAGUUGAAGAUAAAGCUUAGAGAAGUAUCAAAGCUGAAGGGUAAGCGCGAGGAAGAGGAAGUGUCUCCCUCUAACCACCGUGAACCGCCUCAGUACUUCAUUUGUCCCAUUACACAGGAUAUAAUGGAGGAUCCUCAUGUAGCAACAGAUGGUUUUACAUAUGAAAGAGAAGCUAUAAGUGGGUGGUUUGCGAGAGGACACGAUACUUCUCCAAUGAUAAACAAAAGGCUUCCUCACACGAGCUUGGUUCCAAACCUUGCUCUUCGAUCCGCAAUUCAAGAAUGGCUUCAAGUUCCAGAAUCAUUGAACAAAUCCUCUGCUUGUAAAUCAGAACAUUUUUAAAUUGUGUCAGUUCAAAAUUCUCUGAUGUUAUUUAUAUCCAUGCACGCAGUUAAUAGUUGUUACCCUAUUACUAGUAUUAUUGGUAUGGUCACUCUUUUGUGGGGUGGUUACGCAUCUAUAUACUAAAUAUAGAUAUGACUUAGAUUUUAAUAUUGUUAUCAAUUGUUAACUAUAAGAAGUUUUCUAUUAGAUGACUGAAUCAUGCAUAGAUUUAAUUAAUAUUCCCUCAUG